CCCCUCCCCGCCGCAGCGUGCAGAGCCGGGAGCGGGAGGCGAUGCCGCCCGCCCGGGGCCACGAGGUACCGCGGGCGGGGCGGGGGGCGCUGCACGCGUGACGGGAAAUUUAGUCCUGAAGAAAAUGCUUCCUUCUUUAGUAAGGUAACAUAUUCCUGGUACAGCAGAGUAAUUACUUUAGGGUAUAAGAAACCACUGGAGAGAGAAGACCUGUUUGAACUGAAUGAAAGUGACUCGCCAUACACUGUAUGUCCCAAUUUUGAAAAGCAGUGGAGGAAGGAAGUCUUAAGAACAACAAAAGGACUGAAGGCUCCUUGCAACAAAAAAGUGCCAUCUAAAACAAGCUUGCAUAAACCAUGUUUGCUUUAUCCAUUAUGGCAAACAUUUAGAUAUUUAUUAAUAAAAGUUGGCCUUCUAAAAGUGGCAGCUGAUAUUCUAGCAUUUGUGAGUCCACAAAUAAUGAAAGAAAUGAUUAAUUUGUACAAAAACCACUCUGAUUUACACUGGAAUGGAUAUAGAUACGCUCUUGCUCUUCUUCUUGUGGUCAUCUUGCAGACUGUCAUCCAUCAGCUAUACCAGCGCUUCAACAUGCUUACCUCUGUCAAAAUUAAGACUGCAGUUGUUGGCCUGAUAUACAGAAAGGCCUUAACCUUAGCUAACUGUGCUCGGAGAAAAUACACAAGUGGUGAAAUUGUUAACUUGAUGUCCUCAGAUGCCCAGCAACUAAUGGAAAUGGCUGUAAACCUCAACCUUCUCUGGUCAGCACCAUUUCAGAUCCUGAUGGCUAUUAUCUUUCUCUGGCAAGAACUGGGCCCAUCAGUAUUAGCAGGUGUUGCAGUGCUUGUUUUGGUUAUACCUAUAAAUGCUUUUGUUGCUGCCAAAGUAAAAUGUCUGAAGAAAAGCCAAAUGAAGACUGCAGAUCAACGGGUUAAGCUACUAAAUGAAAUAUUACAUGGAAUAAAGAUUCUCAAACUUUAUGCAUGGGAGACAUUCUAUCAGAAGAAGGUUAUGGAAAUUCGAGAACAUGAAAUAGAUGUUUUGAAGUCAUCUGGAUACUUGGCAACUUUCUCUAUGCUAACUUUGACAUGUAUUCCUUUUCUGGUCUCUUUGGCUACAUUUGGAAUCUAUUUUCUCCUGGAUGAAGAGAAUGUUUUAACUGCAGCUAAAGUUUUCACAUCCAUCUCUUUGUUCAAUAUUUUACGGCUGCCACUGUUUGAUUUGCCAGCUGUGAUCUCUGCUGUAGCCCAGACAAAAAUUUCUCUGGGUCGUUUAGAGGACUUCCUAAAUUCUGAAGACCUCGAUCCUCAAAAUAUCGACACAAACUACAGUGCAAAUCAUGCUGUAGGAUUUAUUGAUGCUUCUUUCCGCUGGGAUGAGAACAGCACACAAAUUUUAAAUAAUCUGAAUGUGAGGAUCCCAGAAGGUGCUUUAGUUGCUGUUGUUGGACAAGUUGGAUCUGGAAAAUCAUCUUUCCUUUCAGCUAUUCUGGGAGAAAUGGAGAAACUGGAAGGAACAGUCCAAAGAAGGGGCUCCGUGGCCUAUGUUUCCCAACAAGCUUGGAUUCAGAAUUCUAUUUUACAGGAAAAUAUUCUCUUUGGCUCAGGUCUAAACAAGCCAUAUUAUGAGAGGGUUUUGGAAGCCUGUGCUUUACUACCAGAUUUGGAGCAAUUACCAAAUGGAGAUCAAACAGAGAUUGGAGAAAGGGGAGUUAACAUAAGUGGCGGGCAGAAGCAAAGGGUGAGUCUGGCUAGAGCUGUUUAUAGCAACGCGGACAUAUAUCUUCUGGAUGACCCAUUGUCAGCUGUAGAUGUACAUGUUGGAAAGCAUCUUUUUGAAAAGGUUAUUGGGCCCUCAGGGCUCUUAAAAAACAAGACUUGUAUUUUAGUGACACACAGCUUGGCAUCCCUGCCUCAGACAGAUCUUAUAAUAGUAAUGGAAGCUGGAAGGAUAGCGGAUAUGGGAAAUUACCAAGAGCUGCUUUCAAAAAGAGCCAAUUUUGCUGAACUACUACAAGUCUUCAGCACAGAAAGCAAAAAUGAAGAAACACUACCUAUAAAAAGUGACUCAUAUUCUUUAAAAGGAGGCAGUCAGAAAAGCUAUACUCUGCCACAAAAUGAAUUCCUGGGACCUAAUGAUAGUUCUUUCUUGGAUCAAAAGAAAGCAUUCCCAGUGAAGAAAGAAAAAGUUCCUACUGGCAGUACGGAAAUGUCAAUUAUUUUGAAAUAUCUGCAAGCCUUUGGGUGGCUCUGGAUAUGGUUAAGCCUGGCUGCUUAUUUAGGUCAAAACGCAUUGGCCAUAGGACAAAAUCUGUGGCUUAGUACCUGGACAGCAGAAGUAGAACAAACGAAUGACUUGACAGAAUGGAAACAGUUACGAGACAAUAAACUCGGCAUCUAUGGUCUUCUGGGACUAAUACAAGGUCUCCUAGUAUGCUAUGGUGCAUACGUGAUUACCCGGGGAUCUCUUUCUGCCUCUCGAGUAUUGCAUCAUCAGAUGUUAGACAGUGUACUGCACCUUCCACUCCAGUACUUUGAAACUAAUCCAGUAGGUCAAAUCAUCAACAGAUUCACAAAGGACAUGUUUAUGGUGGAUGUGCGCUUUCAUUACUAUUUACGGACCUGGUUAAACUGUACACUAGAUGUUCUUGGGACCAUCCUAGUCAUCACAUCUGCUUCACCACUCUUCAUAUUGAUAGUUAUACCCCUUGGAUACUUAUACUUUACUAUCCAAAGAUACUACAUAGCUAGUUCACGACAAAUCCGUCGGUUAGCUGGAGCAUCUCACGCCCCUGUUAUCUCCCACUUCAGUGAAACUCUCUUGGGGGCACCUACAAUCCGAGCAUUUGGACAUGAGGAAAGAUUUGUUAGACAGAACAAAGAUGUGGUAAAUGAGAACGUGGUUUACUUCUACAACAAUGUCAUCUCAAAUAGGUGGUUGGCUGUCAGGCUUGAAUUUCUAGGAAACUUGAUGGUUUUCUUUGCUGCAUUGUUUGCAGUGAUGGCUGGAAGUACAGUGAGCUCCUCUGUAGUGGGUCUGUCAAUAUCUUAUGCACUUAACAUAACUCAAAGUCUGAAUUUUUGGGUUCGUAAAGCAUGUGAAAUUGAAACCAACGGAGUUUCCAUUGAAAGAAUUUGUGAAUAUGCAAAAAUGAACAAAGAGGCCCCCUGGUUAACUUCUAAAAGGCCACCUGUGGGAUGGCCCAGUAAAGGAAUAAUAGAGUUCAUUAAUUAUCAAGCCCGGUACAGAACAGAUCUUGGUUUAGCACUGCAGGAGAUCUCCUUUCAAACACGGAGUCAAGAGAAGGUUGGAAUUGUUGGAAGAACAGGAGCUGGUAAAUCAACACUCACAAAUUGCUUAUUUAGAAUUCUAGAGAGAGCUGGGGGCAAAAUAAUUAUAGAUGGAAUUGACAUAUCAACUAUUGGACUCCAUGAUCUGCGCAGCAAUCUGAACAUUAUUCCACAGGACCCUGUCUUGUUUUCCGGGACCCUGCAGUCAAACUUGGAUCCACUUGGAAAGCACUCCGAUCUUGAGCUCUGGGAGGCACUGGAGUUGGGCGACUUAAAGAAUUUUGUCCAGUCUCUUCCGAAGAAGCUCCUUCAUGAAGUUUCAGAGGGUGGUGAAAACCUCAGUGUAGGGCAGAGGCAACUUGUCUGUCUUGCCCGCGCUUUGCUACGGAGGACAAAGAUUCUGGUCUUAGAUGAAGCAACAGCCUCUGUUGACCUGGAAACAGACCACCUCAUACAGUCCACCAUCCAAAAGGAGUUUGACAACUGUACAGUCCUAACUAUAGCCCACAGGUUGCAUACAAUUGUGGAUUCUGAAAGAGUGCUUGUUCUCAACUCUGGAAGAAUUGUAGAAUUUGAUACUCCCCACAACUUAUUACGUCAGAAAGGAGUGUUUUCUGAAAUGGUCACAGAAGCUGGGAUAACGUAUGAUACAGAUGCCUAGUGAAUACUCUCAAAAGACAAGGAUGCGUGGGUUUUUUUCUUAACUCUACUUACCAAGAAAACACUCUGGGAGUGUGGGGUAUACUCUAUUCUCAAUGUUAUUAAAUGAUUGUGCAAUAUAGGGGUAGUGGGCACGCGUGACAAUACAAACUCCUCAAUGCUAUAACUAUAAUUUAUUGUAUAUUCAGCAGCUUUUUAUUUAUUUUUUUAAAGUACCACAUUUUAUUAUGCAUUUUUACUGAACCUAGAUUAUAAUUAUAUGCUAUGAAGAUCCAAGCCUUAAAUGUUGCUUUAGCAAGAGACCUGCAGGCUAAAUAAAUCCUUGCCUUUCACAUUAGUUAAUACAUACCUUGCAGUCCUAAGUUUGAUUGAAUCUUUUAAUACAUUUGAAAUUAUUUAGAAAACAGCACUGAUUUAACUUGCAUACUUGAUUACAGAUCAAUUUGUGAAAAUGUAUUUGAGAAUUGUACUCUGUGCUUAUUUUAAUCUGCGUGGGGAUACGGUUUCAGACCUUUGCGUGACAUUUUUUAUUUUGUAAAAUUACUUCUGAACACCCAAAUGUAAUGGGCAAAUGAACUGAUAAAAUAUUCCUUCUGACAACUAAUUUACAAUAGGACUUGGAAAAGCUCAUGGAAUCCUGAAAAAUGAAAAUCCCUCUGGGGAUAUCCAGUUUAUGUUUAAAACAUGUUUAUACAAGUCUAUACUAGUAAUGGUAGCAGGAUGUCCAAGGAAAUUACUAAUGCUUAUUCUUGUGUGUAUAACAUACAUGAUGUUAUAUGUUUUGUUUUGUUUUUGUUGCAUUUCUUUGUGGUUAAAUAGGGUGAGUGGGUAAAGUGAGGAGAAGAGAGGUUCCAUAUUAAAAAGUAGACAAGAAAAAAUGCAGAAUGGCAUACUGUACUAGCUCAAACUUCCAUGCUUCAUUUUUUCUCCCAGAAGAUAGUUAGCUCCUCUCAUAGGAGUGACACAUUUUUCAUUCAGCAGUUAAAACAGGAUUCCUUCUGAAGUAACAUAACCCACCUACCUCACUGUGCCUGUAGGGGUACCUGCAAGCAGAUAGAAUUCUUCACUUGUUCAACACCAAAACUGUCUGGGCCAACCUGCAUUCUUGAAAAGAAGUUAGGUAGCUCCCCUAGGAGCUACUGCUUUUAUUGACUUACUUCUCAGCACCUAAUUAAGGUCCCACCCCCUGCUUUAUUACAGCAGGGGGUGACACCUGUGGAAGGUCAAGGAAGUGUUUAUCUCCCGUCCCCUAUUGGUAAUCAAAGGGGUGUCUGCAUCUAAUCAUAGCAGGCAUACUAGGCAAGGCCAAGAAGAUCAACCAUCCCAGUCUUUGGAAAUCCACCAGUCCAACAGCAGUUCUAGUCAUGCCUAGCAAAUUAGCAGCUUUACUAAUGUAUGAAGAUGAUUUUCUCUUUCAGUUUCUCUGUCCACCUAACACAAAAGAAUAAGAGUGAAAAACUCUGCCAUUCCCUCCUAUUUUCUCUCUAACACACAGUAUGCCAAAGUUGGUUGCCAAAUAAUAGUCCGAUACAAACAUGGAGGUCUUCUGUCUUUUUAAAUAAAUAUUAAUAAGUGAAGUUAGCACCAAACUAUUAAAUAGGGUAGGCCAUGGUGAGGAUUAAUUGAUUUUUAGCAGAGGUUAGUCAGCUUAAUGCUGCAGGCUUCCCCUUGUCUUUACUAAUGCAAAUUGUUCUCACCUUUUAAAACAGUUCUCAUUUCUAAGUAGCUUGGUCAGCUGGCUAAGAUCCCAAAAUGUAGUUUUUAGAAAGCUUAAUCCUGUGCAACAACCUAGGGUUUUGUGUGUAGACAAUUAAGCUGUUUGAAUGUUGUUAAGUCCUAGACUUACUUUGGAGGUUGGCCAGCUUCACUGCUGGCAUGAAGUGAUCCAGCCUAGGACACCAACUUGGAAUCUAGCCUUCUGACUUCUAGUAAGAAUCCUACUUGUUUUCAUCCAUUCACUAUUUACAUGCUUGAGCCUAACAAAGAAUGCAAGUGCUAAGGGCAGAAGGCUUUAUGCUUUUCUUCCGUGGUAUUUCAAAUAAAUAAAAAAGCUUGCAUUUAAACACAGGCAUUAAUGACUGUCCUUUUAUAUGCUGCACACUUACAUUUGCCAAUUCAGAGAAAUUUACUUAGAGGGCUGUUAACAGUAAUUGUACCUGCAGAAGUUAGCCUCUGAAGAGGUAAGCUACCUACUUUUCUCUUAGGUGGGGAAACAUUACCUUGGAAGUAGGAAGCUGAUUUGCAAGAGUUUGCUCAGAAAUAAGAUGGACAAUAUUGCUUGAAAAAAUGAUAAUGUAUAUUAGUUUGCCAUUUGUAAGUCUGCAUAUUUUUCAAAGCUAAGAACCACUUGUAUGGAAAUGACAAGGUAGACCGUUUUCUGUAUUGACCCUUUCUAAGAAAGUACAACUAUUUUUGUACAACUACUUUUAAGGCUUACUGCCUUAAAAAAAAUAUCACGUGAUUGUUAACAUUCGUUUAAGAAAAAUAAAAAAAUUCUGAACACUUAUGAAACUGGUUUCAGUCCUUUUGAAUUGUCAUUUGCAGUAAGGGAGAUAUCACUAACCAAGCCCUAGCAACAGGGUGCAAAGAUUUGGUUUAGAGCUUGGGUGAAGAAGGCUAGGCAUUCACAAAACGAACUAAAUGUUUUCCAUAGAUAAGUCAAUAACAUUUUUUUAAAUAUAAGAUUUCUACAGAAAAUGAAGGAACUUUGUACCAUUAGACUGAUCCCCUUUAUAUGAGUCAAUUCUAGGGUACAUACAAGUGUUACAUUUCCCCCAUUGGACAUAGUUCUGCUGGUUGAAUGGCUCCGUGAACACGUUCACAGCACUUCAGUCAUUUAAAGAAGAAAAAAAAGGCCAGUGCAUUGGACAAGGUUGCAAUGUUAAUCAACUGGGGUUCAAGUGUUUUGAUUGGAUGCUUGCAUGCAAUCUCCAUCACUUAGGGAUGCUGGAGUGACCUGCAGCAUACCAGUUUGCCCAGCUUCUGCCCAUUCUCUCACCCAAAAGAGAUGCUCUUUGACUCCAACUGCACUGUGCUGCUGCAGCCCAAGUGACAGCAAGUCCCUCCCCUGACAGUUUCGGGGCUGAAAAAGCACAAUCCCUUUCCACAGCCCAGAGGCAUCCUUGAUCCCUUCUGCCAAUCUCCCCAGCAGGGCUCAUCCCUGCUGCUCACCCAGACACUCCCACCUGCCCAGACCAGACAUGGCUUAGCCCCACUCCCGCCCAAACAUAAUCCAGCUCACUUCCAUGGUCCCUGGAGAUGCCUGCCUGCCUCCUCCUGCAUAGGCAUAGCCCUGCCCAGCCCACCCCUGCAGACACUUGCCCCCAGACCAUCUGCCCCAUGUUUCCUGCCCUCCCCUGCCUGCCCACAGAUCCUAACUGAACCACUCUCUCAUGUCUGCAGGGGCAUGGGGUCUUAAAUCCUGAUGGAGAAGGAUUUCCACGGGUUUUGAACAGGAGUGGGUGAGUGAGUGCCAGCAGCCCCCAUCCCCAAAUUGCAAGGAUUCC